GAAAAUCGGAAAAUCAGCUGCCCGCAUCAAUUUUCACUCACGAACGCCAUGUUUACCUCAUUUCCAGUGGAGAAUUGUUGACCUAUCCCUUAUAAAACGGCAUGAGAAUUAAAGGAUAUUGCAAUAACAAAGUUCUUCCAGAAUGACAUCGGAGGUGAUGACAAAUGGCAAGAAAAAACUGGACCCAGGUAGGACGACAGGUCCUACACUGACAGAUCUAUUUAGUAAUCUUCAAAGAGCCUCAAAUUUGCCUACUACCGAUGAAGAACUAGCUUUCCUUAAUGAUCUCUUGCAAUCGAAGGAACUAAAUGCCUUAGUAAACAUACAUAAUAAAAUAUUAACCAAUGUCGACCGCAAAAGUUGUAGAUUUUUUCCAAUACCAAUACUGUCUGAUAGCAUGCAAGUGCUAUCUGAUGUGCUUGAAGUACUUCUUAGUCGACCCGCCAUGAGUCCCGAUUGCAAAGAAUUGUUUCUGAUGUUACAGAGGCCCCAUUUGCAGGGUUUAUUAUGUGCCCAUGAUUCUGUAGCGCAAAAAGAUUACUAUCCACAUUUACCUGACAUACCGGUUGAAGAGGACGACAGUGAAGAAACCGUCAAAAUUGUACAGCUUGUAAAAAGUAACGAACCUUUGACUGGUGCUCAAAGCGCAGAACCCAUCGUUGGUGCGACAAUAAAAACCGACGAGCAAACAGGAAAGAUCGUCAUAGCUAGGGUGAUGCACGGAGGAGCCGCAGAUAGAUCAGGACUGAUCCACGUGGGUGACGAGGUGGUGGAAGUGAACGCCAUCAGCGUAGAGGGUAAGACACCCAACGACGUUCUAACUAUUCUGCAAAACUCCGAAGGCACGAUUACUUUUAAACUGAUUCCUGCUGAAAGUAAGGGCAAUGUGAGGGAGAGUAAGGUUCGCGUUAGGGCGCAUUUCGAUUACAACAGCUGUAACGAUCCGUAUAUACCUUGUAAGGAGGCAGGUUUGGAUUUUAAGAAAGGAGAUGUGCUGCAUGUCGUGUGCCAGGAUGAUCAAUACUGGUGGCAAGCUAGAAAAGAGGGAGAUAGGCAUAUGAGAGCAGGUCUUAUACCUAGCAGGGCGUUGCAGGAAAAACGUAUCGUCCACGAGAGGUCGUUGGUUGGCAGCGAGGAGGAAGAGAACGGGCUGUGUCCUGUUUCAGUAGUGCCCGAGGACGGCCUCACCUGCAGCCCCAAACCUACACCCUGCCUGAUCGUGGCCGACACCGCCAAAAACAAAACCAAGAAGAUCAUUUACGAGACGGCGGAGAACGACGACUUCGACCGGGAGCUGAUCGCCACCUACGAGGAGGUGGCCAAGCUGUACCCCAGGCCGGGCCUGUACCGGCCGGUGGCGCUGAUCGGUCCGCCGGGGGUAGGCAGGAACGAGCUCAAGAGGCGGCUGAUCGAUACGGAUCCGGAGAAGUACCGAACGCCUACGCCAUUUACUAGCAGACCAAUAAAACCAGGCGAAGUAGACGGUAAAGAAUAUUUCUUUGUCACCAGAGAACAAAUGGAGGAAGAUAUAGAUAAAGGAAAAUUCAUAGAGUAUGGAGAAUAUAAAGGAAAUUUAUAUGGUACCAGCGCUGAGAACGUCAAAGACAUUGUAAGUGCCGGUCACGUGUGCGUUCUCAACCCUCAUUAUCAAGCUCUGAAGAUUCUGCGCACUCCUCAACUUAAACCCUAUAUAAUUUACAUCAAACCUCCUAGUUUGGAGGUGCUAAAAGAUACGCGGAUGGCCAGUCACGCAAGAAGUACCUUUGAUGUCAACAAUUCCAGAGGCUUUACGGAGGAUGAAUUCAAGGACAUGAUCAAACACGCAGAAAGGAUCGAGUUCCUUUACGAUCACUUCUUCGACGAGACCAUUGUAAACGAUGACUUAGUUACCGCUUUCGGUAAACUAUUAGCAGCAGUAAAUCGUGUAGAAACAGAACCUUUAUGGGUACCGGCGGCAUGGGUCCAGUAAAUUACUCUUUUCAGGCUGUUUUACACUAUACAAUCUUUUAUUUAAAAAUGUUUUAGUUUAGUACAAAUUAAAUUAUAUCAAAAAUUGACAUGUUCCUAAAAAGGGAUGCGUCAAUUUAUAUAUAAGUGUUGUUUAGUAGUAAAAACACUAUAAUUUCAAAACACAUUUUAUAUUUUUCAAUUUUUUCGAUCGUAUAAUUUCAGUUCUAAAUCAAUAAAAUUGUACAAUCUAAAAAGUUGUAAAUAUAAAUAAUAUUUGUAGUGUAAAACCGUUUUUAGAAUACUCUUAUCAUACUGGUGGUCUGUCAUCAGUACUUUCGUUAUUCCCAAAGUUACCGCUUUCGAGAAUUAUUGUAAAUAGGCCUUAAAUUGCUAUGUAUUUUUUCAGACUGUUAUCUAGGGUAAUUAGUUAAGAUUUUAGCCGUUUUAGCGCUGGUGGCCAAUAUUCCAAAUGAGUAACAUGAGAUAUGACUGGUUUCUGCUUCUGAUAUUAGCUUAUAACUUUGAAUAUAAUGGUCUCUUUGGUGUCUAAUGGGCUGUGUGUGACAGCUAAGUGUCAAGCUGAAUGAGAUCAUAUAAUUAUGGAGUCUGUUCAUUUUCACAAAGUGGUGGCUCAUGAUAAAACUUGAUGUGAUAAACAAAAUUAAUAUUGAACCACUAUCAGGAGAGAUCGUAGUUCUCUUAAGAGUAAAUUUAGACACUAGUUAAGUGUGUCGGUAGACAGCAGUUGUUGGUAAUCCAACUAAACACAGUAGGUCUUAUCUACUUUGUUUACUUUAAGGACGAUUGGACUUAUUCUGUGCGAGUAAGAAAGCCAGAUUGUUAGUCAGCUGACUGGUUUGUGACAAUAUAACAUUCAGAUGCAAAAAAACGCAACGGAAUUUUUUUUUUCGUCAAGUUUAAAGUGUUAUAUUUUAUAUUUUUAGCUU